UCUAUUCUGCGCUUCCCCGGUUCCUCUCUGUCUUUCGGUGUUGUUGCUCUGUCCUCCUUUUCCUCUUAUUCUCCCUGAAACAAUCCCUGCAGUUCUUUCUGUCCUCCGCUUCCUCUCUUUUCUGGCCGUCCUUCACUUUGUUUCCACCUUUCCAACAGAAGAACGUUGUGUUUGCUGCUCCGUGCAGGAGAAUGGUCUUUUCUCUGAACCCUGGGUGACUCAGCAGCUUCUAAGUAAAAGUUGGAUUGGACUUUUUCUGGAGGAUGUGGGUUCCCAGCAGCUGUGCCAUCUUCAAACAAGUCAAGAUUUCUACUGAAGAACCCUUUCCCAGCAUUUCCACGACAAACCUGCUUCAUUGACUGGCAGAAGUGUUUCCAUCAGAUGUGCUGCUGAAGAGUUGGACUAAAGUGGACGAAGACGUUUGUGGAUGGAUGGAUUUCCCUCAGGAUCUUCUCCAUUCUGUGUAGAUUCCUAAAACAUCCAAAGAGGACAACGCUGUUCAGGGUUCAGCUCUUUUACGUAGUUAGAACAUUUUCAUUCUUCUCACAAAGUAUUGAUAGUAAAACCUGGAAUAUUUGAAGAUUGUACCCGUGUGGAGGAUUUCUUCUGUUCUACUGCUGGAUUUUGGUUGAACAUGUCAGAGGAGUCUCUUGGCUGUCUGGAUGGUUGCAUAUUUAUUUAUUUGACCUCAGUGUGAUGAGAGGCUGUGACGCAGCCGGUUGUGUGUCUGUGUUUGGUGCAGACAAUCACAACGAGACACAGAAGUGCAUUUCCAGGACAAGAAGUGGCUGUAGUCCUUUCCCAUGGUGCUGGGACAGAGAAUAUGACAGAUACCUAGCAGCGGCGGCGGCAGCAGCUGGGAAAACCAUGGCAACAGCUUACCUUGACCCCCACCUCAAUAAUAUCCUCCUAGGAGGUGCCAAGUCUCUGCUGAGUACAGGAGGAGCGGACCGAACCAUGGCUGGUUCCAUGGACCGGGUUCUGAAAGUUUUCCAUUACUUUGAGACAAACAUAGAACACAACUUCUGGUCUUCCAAUAUCAGAUAUGGAGAUGCGACUGAUGUCAGGGGUAUCAUCCAAAAGAUUCUAGACAUCCACAAAGUGCGCUGGACUUCCUGUUUUGGUCUUCGCCUUAGUAGCACCCAAUCCAGAGAUCAAGUACACUGGCUCCACCCAGAUAUGGGCGUGUCUCACAUCAGAGAAACGUAUGAACUGGCACGGCCAAAUGAGGAGUGGAGGUAUGAGCUGAGGAUCCGGUAUCUACCAAAGGGUUUUGUGCAGCAGUUUACAGAAGACAGACCCACGCUCAACUACUUCUACCAUCAGGCCAAGAAUGACUACAUGAAUGAAAUGGGGGGUGAGGUGGACCAGGACGUCGCCCUCAAGCUGGGCUGUUUGGAAAUCAGGAGGUUCUUCAAAGACAUGAGGGGAAAUGCUCUGGACAAGAAAUCCAAUUAUGAGCUACUGGAGAAAGAUGUUGGUUUAAGGCGCUUUUUCCCAAAGGAGCUGCUGGACUCCGUCAAGGCCAAAACUCUUCGGAAGCUCAUUCAGCAGACGUUUAAGCAGGUAGCCAAUCUAGAUGACGAGCAUUGCAUGCUCAAGUUCUUGGAGGUACUUGCACCAAUUCGCCGCUAUGACAAGGAGUUCUUCAAAUGUGCCCUUGGGUCCAGCUGGGUGAUCCAGGUGGAACUGGCCAUUGGACCAGAAGAAGGCAUCAGUUACCUCACAGAUAAAGGAUCAACCCCCACACAUCUAGCAAACUUCACUCAAGUUCAGUCCAUCCAGUACUGGGCCAUGGAGGAGAAAGACCGCAAAGGCAUGUUACAGCUGAACGUAGCGGGAGCUGCUGAGCCUCUCACAGUGACGACAGCAUCACUUACCAUGGCUGAGAACUUAGCAGACUUGAUUGACGGCUACUGCCGACUCGUCUCCAUGGAAACUCACUCGUUGAUUGUGAGAAUUCAUAAAGGUGAUGUCUGUGUUUGUCCUGCAGAGGGCGACAGAGCGCUGCCUUCCCUUCCAAAACUGUCGAAUAAUGAGAAAAGGCUAGAAGCAGUGAAGAGUGGUGUACGGACUAUUUCCAUCUCGGGUGUAGAGACAUCCUGUCCUCCCAAGCCAAUCAGAGCUCGGCGCUUGCUCCUCCCCUUUGUUCUGUGCUCCGAUGGGCAGCGGGCCGCAGAAGAUCUUAGUGGGGAUGAGACGGAUGACUAUGCGGAGAUAGUUGAUGAAGAGGACACGUACACCAUGCCUUCCAGUAAGUCACCAGUCUAAGCUCUAACUUUGCAUGACAGGCGUCAGCUUUGAGAAUAUCCCAGUUUCAGCUUCUGUUGCACACCAGUGCUAAAUAGUAAUCUUCCUGUUUUUUUCUGUGUUGGACGCUUUUAUCUUGAUGUAUUUAUGGUUAGAGAGCCCUGUAUGCAGGAGGCAGAUGCAUCUGUCAGAUUCAUUCCUGUGUCCGUCAGAAUCCUCCAUAUGCUGCUUGGCCGUAGAUCUGAUGGACUGUGGUCUUGGUUCUGUGUUGGCCGCUUCAAACUGCUUAUGCUUUUAAAUGUGUGGUCAGUUUUAAAAUGGACUGUGUUCUGCUCUCCUCCCAUUUGGUUCUGUCUUCUGACCUUUCUUUACUUUUAUUUUCUUCUUUAGCUCGACUUUUACCCGUUAGACUCUUUCUGUCUGCAUUCAUAACAUAAAACCAUAAAAUAGUUGCUGUCAAAGGCCAAACCAGGGGCUUAUAAUGACUUGUGUGCUAGGUUGAGUAGUAAAGGCAGAGAGACUGACCGAUACAGAUGAGCAAGGCAGCGAGACCGAGAUGGGAAGAACCUGCAGCAGGUUAGGGUGAUGAAGGACAGCGAUGGUAACGUAUUGAAAGAUGGAGAGAAUACUUUGAAGAGUUGAUGAACGAAGGAAGUGAGAGAGAAGAAAGAACAGAAGAGGUGACUGUUGUGGAGCAGGAAGUAAAAAAGAUCAGUAUAUGGGAAGUGAGGGGGGGGCAUGACACACCUGUGGAGGUAUUGAAGUGUCUAGGAGAGAUGGCAGUGGAGGUUCUGACGGGUUGUUCAACAGGAUCUUAGGUGGUGAGAAGACGUCUGAGGAAUGGAGGAGAAGUGUGAUGGAGUCCGUUUUUAAGAAUAAGGAGAUGUGCAGAGUUGUGAUAACUUCAGAGGAAUCAAGCUGAUGAACCAAACAAUGAAGUGAUGGGAAAGAGUAGCUGAAGCUAGGCUAAGAGCA